AUGUCACAUGUUUCGCGGCCCAGCGCAGCAGAUUCUUCUGAAUCUGAUAGCGAAUGGGAUGGUCCUGGUGCAUCUAAAGGAGAACUCCUCAAGACGCUCAAAAUGCUGCAAGUUCAAAUGCAAAAGCUUCAAGAAGAGAAUAGGACAAUAAAAGAGGAAAACAAGACUUUGAACGCAGAGAAACCCAAGCGAAAAUGGUGCAUGAAUGCUCAUGACGAGCUCAGUGUUCAUGAGGAGACCAUCUCUAUCUAUGCUUGCAAGUAUGGCAUGAUGAUUGAGAUGUUUUCCAGUAGCGACCUCCUCAAUAAGCGCCUUCCAGACUCGCCAACUCCAUUUGACAGCACUGACCGAUAUGCGACUGCAUCUACUCAAGAGUCAGCAUUUCUGGAUGAGCUCUAUCGUCACUUCCCCGAGUCGUUACACAAAGUGAUGGAAAGUUCAUACUUUAGCGAUCUUGUGAUGAAAUCCAUCCCGGAUGCUCAUGCUAACGAGAUCAAGAAACUCCAGGGUGUUGCUGGCGACAUUUUCGACCUCCCUUCAAAGUACUUCACCAACACUAGCUACGACAGAGCUAAUGUCCCUGAGAUCCAACGACUCCUUGGGGUCACGUCUUCGACAAACCUGGCAUACAAAACAUUCCCUCUGGUGCUAUUCCCAGAGUUGAAAGAGGACCGAUCACUCAAGCUGUCUUCGGAAACUGGCUUCUGUUGGCACAAAACAUCCUCAGAUUCUGAAAGCUUUGUUGCGUGGUAUCACAUCCCUCCAUCACACUUCCAGUGGCAGAGGCGCACAUACCAACUCCAUGAAAUGGAGCAUUUGGCAAGUCACGCUGGGUUGCAUCACUUGGGCCACAGUUCUUCCACCAACAACAGCACUGCCGCAGAUUUGGAGGAUGCGGCUGCUGCAAUACCUCAGGCUGAUGAGGUGGGAGCUGCAGUCAUCAGCUCAUCAGGCGAGGUACUCCAGGAGGCGGCAGAUGAUCUGAGCAGUACUAGAGGGAGGUCCAAGAAGUCGAAAAGAGGGAGGAAGGUGACCACACCAGCGAUGGCUACCAAUCGUACCAUUUGGCAGGCUCACAAAUAG